UUUUCUAAUGAAUUUUCUUUUUGAAAAGGUGUUCAAGCAUUAUCAAAACAUAUAAUCUAACAGGAGUCUCAGAAUUCCAACUCAUGGGCUUCUCAGAUGAUCCAGACCAGCAGCCCAUCCUCUUUGGACUGUUCCUGUCCAUGUACCUGGUUACAGUCCUCGGAAAUCUGCUCAUCAUCCUGGCUGUCAGCUCUGACAUCCAUCUCCACACACCCAUGUACUUCUUCCUCUCCAACCUGUCCUUGGCUGACAUUUGUUUCAUCUCCACCACAGUCCCAAAGAUGAUUGUGGACAUCUCAACUCAGAGCAGAGUCAUUUCCUAUGUGUACUGCCUGACACAGAUGUCUCUUUUAAUCCUUUUUGCAAGUAUGGAUGACAUACUCCUGACUGUGAUGGCCUAUGACCGCUUUGUGGCCAUUUGCCACCCCCUGCACUAUGCAGUCAUUAUGAACCCUCGCCUUUGUGUAUUAUUACUUUUGUUUUCUGUCUUUGUUAGCAUUUUGGGCUCCCAGCUACACAUUUUAGUUGCCUUGCAAUUUACCUGCUUCAGGGAUGUAGAAAUUGCUAAUUUCUUCUGUCAUCCUUCUCAAGUCUUUAACCUUUCAUGUUCUGAUACCUUAAUCAAAAUCAUGGUGACAUAUUUUGCUGGAGCCAUAUUUGGCUUUAUUCCCAUGUCAUUGAUCCUUUUCUCUUACUAUAAAAUUGUUUCCACCAUUCUCAAAAUCCCUUCAUCAGAUGGGAGGUACAAAGCCUUUUCCACAUGUAGUUCUCAUGUGUUGGUAGUUUGCUUAUUUUAUGGAACCAGCAUCGGAGUGUACCUUGGAUCAUCCAUAUCAUAUUCUCCUAGGAAGGGUAUGAUGGCCUCAUUAAUGAAUACUGUGGUCACUCCUAUGUUGAAUCCUUUCAUCUACAGCCUGAGGAACAGGGAUAUUAGUAGCACCUUGAGGAGGAUCUACAGAUGGCGAAUAUAA